GUCCUUGCGAGGCACCCUGAAUCAAUCAACGUCAUGUUGAAUUUUGAGCACUCUCUUCCAGCAACUGAUGGAUCUACGGAAAGUAUUGGAGAGGCAUCAGCAGCAGCUGCAGCUGCAUGUAAAAGAAACGCCUUUUUCGCGGGAGGUGACAUUGCUAGGGACACACGAGGUGAUGGAAUGAGUUAGGAGCCGAGAUUCGAACCAAGCCAGGACACACAAGUCUACAUACAAGACUAUGUCAUCUUUUUCAUUAUCAUCACAAUGAGCAUGUUCCAGCUUGAUAACGUGAGAACAGCCAGCAGCCUUCAAGCCUUGAAGCCUUCAGCUCAUAAAUUGGUUGCCGACCUUCAAACUUCCAAAAGGAUGUGCUCAAAAUCUGCAAGAGUCCGAGCUCCUGAUGAUGAGAUCCGCAAUUUAUGGUAGGGAAAGCAAAGCCGCUUUUUGGCCAUGGCAAAACGACGGCUAAACCACUCGCUAAGUGCGACGACUCGAGGCGAACUGCGACUCGAGACAAGUAUUCUCUGCGAAUCAGAACAGAUUCGCCGAGAGGCCAACUCUGGUCGCUGCAAAAGUAGCAUGCGCGAGGAGCUUUGGAUCGAGGGGCACCUGCUCUCAUAAUUCUCAGAUUCUCAGUAGAUAGCCCUCCGCGUCCUAGCAAAAGGCUGCUCUAACUAAACUGCCAAGUUGUCGCCUUUCAUGUCCUCCUCUGCCUUUCCGAAAGCUCCACGCAAAGCAGGCGAUGCUAGGCGAGGCGAGGCGCAGGACUCGGACGCACGCACGAGGGCAGCCAACGUCGUGACGGGAGGUAGACUGUGUCCUCGCGUCAGGGUCGAGACAUGUAGAUCGACGGAUGGAUAGAGUGAGUACAUGUACAACUCGCGAUCGAAGAGGAUGCCCGACCCCGAUCCCGACCCCAACUUCACUUCGGGUCAAACAUGUGUGUGUGUGGUCGUGCUGUCUGGUCGGCUCGGGAAGAGAGUGAGUUGGAGUGAAGUAAGUUGAAGGGAGGAGGAGGAGGAGGAGGAGGGCGAUGGGAGAGGGAACCGAGUUCGACUCAAUCGAGUGCCGGGCUAGAGGCUACAGGGGGGAGGGCUUGCAAAGCAGCAGCAGCGGCAGAAGCAGCUGUGGACCAUGUGCGACUACGACUCUUCUCGCUACAAACACUAAAUGUCACUCGGGGUUGCUCCUGGGUCCCGUGUCUUUAGGCCCACUCGAGUGACUUUCUUUGAUGGUGGACCCCGAUUAGUAAUACGGUCAGAAUGUACUCAUGAGGUCGUACUUCGCGGGUGGAAAAGUGCAUCGAUUCCUCUUCGCUGCGAGAGCGCAACUCAUAUAAAGAUGGUGCGCGAUUACCUCUAACUGUAUCAUGGCGUUCUUUUCCUUUGAUGCUCGAUGCAGCUCGAUGGGCGAUGCUGGCGAUUUCGAACAACCGCGAAAGGUGCUGGGGAAUAAAAGUUAAAGCCUCGCUCGCGGCUACUACAAGUAGCACAUGGAUGUUUCUAUCAGCCUAUCUUUGUCUCACGUCGAUCGAGCCCAUGCUCCGGGGCAAUAUUUUCUUCAUCUUAUGCAUGGUGGGGACCCGAACUACGAAAGCGAAAGGGUGCUUAUCACCUCUAAUGUCUUUCUCAUGGGUGCGAGUUGUCGCAUCAACUUUGUGUCGAACGAGGACUUUGGUCUUCGACCGCUAGCUCAAAACAAUCGACCUAUGGAAAGAAAGUGCGAGGUGGACAAGAACUGCGAGCUGGCCGACUGAUCUUACUUUUCUUUCGAGUUUGUACUUAUCAUGCGCCUCCACCACGACGAAGCUGUCAAGAGCGAGCUACAUGUAGACUUUCAUUCUGAACAAUAUAUCAUGUUUGUUGGUUUCCACAUGAUCUCGCUUAAUCCUUUACAGCCAAUCUGCAUGAUGCAUAUCGGUGCCCAAUUUAUGUCCAAAAAGCACUCGACAUCGAGAAUGUUGAUAAGCUCACAAGCUUGUCCUAUCUCUGAGAUUACGAAAAAAUAACCUGCAGAAAUAAAGAGCUUAGACGCGAAAAGAUGUGGAUACCAGAGAACAAUUUUCGCGUUUGAGGUCCAGGACAGUCAGUUAGUUGCUUGUUCUGUAGACCCCAUGAGGAACUCAUAACGAACUUGCCUU